UAUAAUAUAUAGUGACAGAGCUCUCUCGGGAACCCUUUGAAACGAAUGCUUUUUUGGUGUCUAGAACUUUACAAAGCACACAACUCUCUGUGCCAAAAGGGAAAAAAAACAGCACACGUGAAAGACACAAGAGAGAGACUCUUCCGUGGCUUUUUGGGGUAACCAAGUAUAUAUAAUACACUACUGCCGGCGUCUGCAUAAUAUUGUUAAGAGUUCCGUCAACCGAGUGAUCUUUUUCCUAUAUAGCUGUGCCGAACCCUGUGCGGAAUAUUGGCUUCCGGUUUUAUUCUAGUUGCUACUAGCGACCCGAAAGCACUUUUUUGCGGCAGUUAUUUACACCUGGAAGCAGAUUACAUCUAUACAGUGUAACCGGUAUAGGAGAUCCAGGAGCCUUGGUCGUCGUGCAGCAUCGAGCACCUCAUCCAUCAAGGAAUAAUGGACGGCGGACGGGAGAAUGGAUUCUUGGAAGACGAGGAAUUCGGUAGCGAAGAAGAACCGGACGGACAACUUUUGUUGGAGAUCAUUCGCAAGGAAGAAGACCGAGAUUUGCGCCAAUUGGUGAAACGUUUCCGCGAUCAAUGCCAACAUCAUCUGGUGCUGGACAUCACGUCCAAGGCAGACCUGGGCUGGGGUGAGCAACAAGAUCGCUCUGUUAUCGAUUACCUGGACGACCCGGAGAAGGUGGCGCUCUUCGUCAGCCCGUUGCAAAAGCAGAAAAAAGUCGGCGAUCGACUCAGGUUCGAUUGGGCCGUCGUUGGCAAAAUUCUCAAACCAAAUCACCCCGUUUGUUUCUACAUCAAAAUCGAAACUAUUAACGAACCGCUCAUCCGUCCGGGACAAUUCGACGCCGUCAUCUACCCUGGAUGUCUGGAUCGUGGCACCAAAGAUUUGCCACGUCAUUUAGCCAAAGUGGCAUUUUAUUUCGAGAGGCAAGCCAUCGCUCUAUGUCAAGAUCGAUUAAAAGAGGUGAGACAUUUGAUGGAAGGAAACUUACUGAAAUUGCGCCAGUUUCUGAUCGAGAAAAAUUGUCUCAACGAAAGUCGGCUCCUCAAACCAACACUGAUCGUUCAACCUCCGGCUGAAGACGACGAGGAUAAUAUCGAGCAUCUGGAAAGAUUGGCCCAUCAAUGGAUCUACGUAGUUACCUAUUCCGUUGAACUCAAGGACUAUUACACGACAAGUGGAUCCAAGAACAGUCAACCGACCAUUCAAGACGAAAUCAAUAACCUGAUUCAUAAAUAUGAAAUUCUCAAGAAACUCAGCAGCAAAUUAAUGAAAGAAGACUACCAACGCGUCUUGAAAAUCCUGAAAGAAGCCAAUUCAGUGGUCGGAGACGAGCUGGAAAAUCUUCUCGAUCAGCUACAAGAAACAGCGAAACAGACAAAGUUGGCUGCCAAAUAUUUAACUUGUUUACGGCGUUCCGUCGAAGCAAUUGAAAAGGUCAGGAUUUUCCCGGAAACUAUCAGAGGACAACACGUAGCUCCACUUGUCGACCUGCCGGCUAUUUAUCAAGGUAAAUCAAGCGUGUGUAAUGUUGCGCUACAAAUAAUUCAUCACAACAGUCUUCCUAAUGUUUUUCCUCCACAUUUUUUUAUUGGAUUUGAAAAAAUAAAUAAAUAA